UAUUAUAUAUUACAUUAAUCAUUUUUAAUGUCUACCUUGAAAUGUUGUACAAUACCAAACAUUAUUCUUAUCCAUCGCAAUAGUAGAUGUUCUUUGAAUUUAUUCCACAACAAGUCGGCACACCUAUAAAGAACAUGUCAAAGUCCAAAAAUGACACCUAUCAGAUUCACCUAUUUAAGCAGUCCAAAAACCUCCCUUGAUCAUAUUCUAUUAUUUUCUAAAGACCAAACUCCAAACCUCAAAUGGCAACUAGAUCCAUCAUAGAAACCUUGCCGGAGGAAUGUGUUUCAGAAAUUUUGUCUCACACAUCUCCACCAGACGCAUGUAGAUUCUCCAUGCUCUCCUCAACUCUGCGUUCAGCGGCAAACUCUGACAUGCUCUGGCGUAGCUUCUUACCCUCUGAUUACUCUGACAUCAUCUCAAGAGCCCUUAAUCCUCUCUUCCUCAAUUCAUCAUCUUCAUUCAAGGACCUCUUCAAAGCUCUUUGCAAUCCACUUCUCUUAGAUGGUGGCACCAUGAUUUUCAAAUUGGACAAGUCUUCAGGCAAAAAAUCUUAUAUUCUUUCUGCAAGAGAGCUAUCGAUAACAUGGAGCAGUGAUCCAUUGUAUUGGACCUGGAAACCAAUGCGUGAAUCAAGAUUCCAAGAGGUAGCUGAGCUAAGAACAGUGAGCUGGUUACAGAUUCAAGGCAAAAUCAGGACACAGAUUCUAACACCAAACAUGUUGUACUCUGUUUACCUCAUCAUGAAUGUCUCACACCGUGGUUACGGCCUUGAUUCUGCGCCGUCUGAGGUAUCAUCGACGGUGGCGAACAACGUCAUGCACACCAAGAAAGUGUAUCUGUGGAAUAAAAAUGAGAAGAACAUGUGUGAGAAGUAUACCCUGUUUCGCGGGUUCCAUAGGGAUGUUGCAAGAGAGACUUUGAUCAUUCAAGAUCAGAUAAAUCCAGGUCCAUUGAAAAGAGAUGAUGGGUGGAUGGAAAUUGAGGUGGGUGAAUUCUUCUGUGAUGGUGAAAUUGAUGAGGAGGUUAAGGUGAGUGUUAUGGAGGUGGGUUAUCAGUUGAAGGGAGGGCUUAUAGUUGAAGGCAUUGAAGUAAGACCUAAGCAAGUUUGACUAAACAAGAUCAAGGGUAUAGGGAAAGCUAAUCCUUGCUUGUACAGUGUGAGAAUUAAUUACUUGAUUUUAGCCAUAGAAGCUGUCAUGUAAAAGUGUAAAUAGCUCUGAAAUAAUUGAGGGGAGAUUUUUUUUUUCAAAAUUAUACUCCUACUAGCUUCUUUUUAUAUAAAGAUUGGUUGACCAAUCUUGUAAGAUUCAUGAACCAAUCUUUUUAGUGUAAACGCCAAAAUAAAACAUACAAAUUGAAAAAGAAAAA